AUGGCAGUAUCUCCAUAUCUCAGAACUUGUCAGUUUCUAUGUUUUUUCAUUGCCAUCUUCGCCAACAGUUUACUGCUUUAUUUAAUCAAAAUUCGAGCUGGUUCAUCGUUCGGAAGAUAUCGAGUCAUGAUGAUCUCAUUCUCAAUAUAUGCAAUUUUCUACGCAACAGUGGAAAUCCUGACACUGCCAGUGAUGCAUCUUCAUGGAUCUGGAGUUUUAUUUUACGUGAAUAGCAUUUUAAAAGAUCAUCUGACAGCUGGUGUAAUGGUGUCAACUUUGUAUUGUGGAUCCUUUGCCUUUUGUAUAUCUAUGCUUGCAACUCAUUUCAUUUUUCGAUACAUUGCAGUCUGCAGAAACAACAAACUCUAUUACUUCGAAGGAUACAAAGUAUAUCUCUGGUUCAUUCCUCCAUGUAUCCUUUUCAUUAUUUGGGGAUCUUCAAUUUAUUUCAAUUUUGGUCCAAAUCAAAGCAAACGGGAUUACUUCAGGGAUGUAACGAUGGAAUUAUAUGAAGAAGACAUUGACAAAAUUGCCUUUGUGGCUCCUUUAUACUUUGUGCGCGGACCAGAUGGUAAACGUCAAUUUAAUAUUCAAGAUCUGUUCGGAGCAUCUUUGAGCUGUAUUAUCAUGAGUUCCUGCUUCACCACUUGCAUUGCUUGUGCUUACAAAACAUAUAAGAAGUUAAAUGACUUCUCAACUCAAAUGAGCAAAAGAACAAGAGCUCUCAACAAGCAACUCUUCUGGACUCUCGGAUUUCAAACUCUUCUUCCAUGUUUCACACAAUACGUGCCUGUUGGACUUCUUUUCAUUCUUCCGUUGUUUGAAAUCGAAGUUGGAAAAGCUGGAAAUUUGGUUGGAGUCACGUGUUGUCUGUAUCCUGCAAUGGAUCCACUCAUUGCAAUUUUCAUGAUUGACAGAUUCAGAAAAUUCGUUUUUCGAACAGAAUCUCCAUCCACUACGAAAAGUUCGAAAGUAUCUGCAAUUAAUUCUGACGGAUUUUCGUCAACUGGAAAGUAG